AUUUAAAAAUAAACAUAUUAUUAUUUUCAAUUGGAGAUUCUUCAUUGUUGGCUACUGUCUACAGAGAGUUAUUGAGUGAGAUCCUUGCUUAAAACAUUCUUAACAGAUUUUAUCCUUUUCCUACUCAUUUCCACUUCCCUUCCGAUCGUAAACCAACAUCAUCAUGGUUUAUUUUCAGUUGCACAGAAAAAUGAGGCAAUGAUGCAUUCAGACAGGGAUGCAAGAUGUCAGCUAAGGAGCUUGAUAGCCUCUUAUCUAUUCUAUCUGAGAAAAAAAAGAAAGCUGAGCUAGAAGAAACUGAGGCAAACUUGCAGCUUCUGUUCAACUUUAUGCAGUGCUUAAGGAAGCAAAAAUUUGAUGAACUUCAUGAGAUUCAAAAUGACCUUGAAUAUAUUAAAGAAGACAUAAGGGCUGUAGAGAAAUGUAGAUUGGAGUUGUAUCGAGCCAGGGAUAGAUGCUCAGCAAAAACAUUGAUAUUGAGGGGCCAAUCUUCACAAAAAGGUCCUGUGUUGUGUGACCAACAUAGUUGUGGCACUAUUCCAAAUGUCCCUAAUGCACAAGGAGAGCGCCUUGCAGUUUCCAACUGUCCUCAGGCCCGGAUAACACAAGAUCCUUUCCCUUAUCAAUUAAUUCAGACAGAGGAUGAACACAAUGGGUCAGUUUCAGAACAUAAUGUAGCAAGGAGGAGACAAGUUCAUGCACAGUUCAGUGAUCUGCAAGAGUGUUACUUGCAAAAGCGGAGACAUUACGGCACAAAACCUCAGAAACGGGAAGAGAAUGUAACAACCAACAGGACAAAAGAGCAAUACAAUACAGGACUUGAAGAAUUCCAAUACAUUUUCUCUGCAUAUACGCGAUACAGCCGAUUGCAAGUUGUUGCUGAGUUUAGGCACACAGAUCUUUUCCACACUGUCAAUAUCGUUUCAAGUAUAGAAUUUAACCGAGAUGAUGAACUAUUUGCUAUAGCUGGAGUAUCAAGGCGCAUCAAGGUCUUUGAUUUUGCUGAUGUAGUAAAUAAACCAACAGGUCUGCAGUGUCCUGUUGUGGAAAUGCCUACCAGAUCCAAACUGAGCUGUUUGAGCUGGAACAAGUACAAAAAGAAUUACAUAGCUAGCAGUGACUAUGAGGGCAUAGUAACUGUGUGGGAUGUGACUACUCGUCAGAGUAUUAUGGAGUGUGAGGAGCAUGAAAAACGAGCAUGGUGUGUUGACUUUUCAUGCACUGAACCUUCUAUGCUGGUUUCUGGAAGUGAUGAUUGCAAGGUGAAAGUUUGGUGCAUGAGGCAGGAAGACAGUGUUCUAAGCAUUGAUAUGAAAGCAAAUAUUUGUUCUGUGAAGUGCAAUCCUGGAUCAAGUUUCCAUGUGGCAGUGGGUUCUGCUGAUCACCACAUCCACUAUUAUGACUUGAGAAGUAUUAAGCAGCCCUUGUAUGUAUUCAGUGGGCACAGUAAAGCUGUUUCAUACGUGAAAUUCAUGUCGGACAAUGAACUUGCAUCUGCAUCAACUGAUAGCACAAUUCGUUUGUGGGACGUCAAGGCCAACAUUCCAGUUAAGUAUAACUCUCUUUGUUCCAUGAUAGUGUUGAAAGUUUCAACUUUCAGUUAUUCCAAACUGGUGUUCUUAUUUCCUAUGAAAUAUUUCGGAAAGAGCAUACUUAUUAGAACACUCCAUUCAUGAUUCACCCAAAUUUUUUUUCCAAUUCCUUACCAACCCACCUUACAUUUUGUUGUUUUUAUUACACACUUGGAAGAAGACCUAGACCUGCCUAAACUCACUCUUUAACUUUGUGCCAAGGAUUGAAGGAAGGUGAGAAAAGUAUUCUGAAACGAAGGGAUUAUUAGUGAUCUUCAGUUCUUCACUUCAUUGUCUUUCAUUUUGUGUACAUGAGUUCUAUUAUCAUUAUCACCUUAAUCCCAAUUAGUUUGGGUUGGUGGCAUGAAUUUGCUUAGUGCUAAUUAAUUACCACUGAAUUUUUGAUUGGUUAUUUACUCACUUUAUUAUGUGGUUAUUUAUUUUUGGGCUUUCAGCUGCGCACUUACAGAGGGCAUACAAAUGAACGCAAUUUCGUGGGUCUCACAGUAAACACUGAAUACAUUGCAUGCGGCAGCGAAAGAAAUGAAGUUUUUGUUUAUCACAAGGCAAUAUCUAAACCUGCAGCUUGGUACAGUUUUGGUCCCGAUACGAGCGAAGGUGACGAAGAAAUAGGAGGGGCACCGUGCUUCAUCAGCGCUGUUUGCUGGAAAAGUGACAGCCCCACCAUCCUUUGUGCAAACAGUCUUGGGGUUAUAAAAGUCCUUUCACUUGCUGCUGGUUAACUGGUAACAACCCUUCAUUAAACUAAACAGCGACUGUUAUACAAAGUGCGUAAUAAUUUAGGCAAUUGAUAUUUGCGCUCGACAUUGUUGAUGUAAACGCUCCAAAGCACCAUUAUUCGAAGAGUUGGAAUAGUGAUUCUCAAGCAUUGGAUUGUAAAUAUCAAAAUGUCGAGUUCAAAAAUCAAUCGCUAUAAUUUACCCGAAUUUGGUUUAUAUUGACUCAAUCAUCCAAUUCCUAAUCCAUGAAUUUCUAUAUUGUCACAUUGUGCCAUUGUGGGGUGAGACAUGUAAGUUUUAUGGCUUAUACGGAGUAAAAAGAUAUUGGGAAC